CGUCACAAUGACAUGAUGAAGAGCCUGGUGGGGAUCAUGUGGAUUAUAUUGGUGCUCAUAUCAGGUUGCUCGGGGAAUCCGGACGCCAAGCGCUUGUACGACGAUCUACUAUCCAACUACAAUAAGCUCGUGCGUCCCGUCGUCAACGUGACGGAUGCCUUGACUGUUAAAAUCAAGCUCAAGCUAUCCCAGCUAAUCGACGUGAAUCUAAAAAACCAGAUUAUGACGACGAAUCUGUGGGUCGAACAGUCAUGGAACGAUUACAAACUCAAAUGGGAUCCAAAGGAGUAUGGGGGCGUCGAAAUGCUACACGUCCCGUCUGACCACAUUUGGAGACCCGACAUAGUUUUGUAUAACAAUGCCGACGGCAAUUUUGAAGUUACGCUGGCGACGAAGGCCACCCUCAACUACACCGGCAGAGUGGAAUGGAAACCCCCGGCGAUUUACAAGUCUUCCUGCGAGAUCGACGUCGAGUACUUUCCCUUUGAUGAGCAGACUUGCGUCAUGAAAUUCGGUUCGUGGACGUAUGAUGGCUCUCAGGUCGACCUGAGGCACAUCGACGAGGUGCAGGGUAGCAACGUCGUGGAUAUAGGCGUGGAUCUCUCCGAGUUUUAUACUUCCGUCGAGUGGGAUAUCCUCGAGGUGCCAGCUGUCAGAAACGAGAAGUUUUAUACGUGCUGCGACGAGCCCUACCUCGACAUCACCUUCAACAUCACCAUGAGGCGCAAGACCCUCUUCUACACGGUCAAUCUCAUUAUUCCCUGCAUGGGAAUAUCCUUCCUAACGAUACUUGUCUUUUAUUUGCCCAGCGACAGUGGCGAAAAGGUGAGUCUGUCAAUUUCGAUUUUGCUGUCGCUCACUGUGUUCUUCCUGCUGUUAGCUGAGAUUAUUCCACCGACUUCUCUCGUGGUGCCUCUCCUCGGGAAAUUUGUUCUAUUUACAAUGAUCCUCGACACUCUCAGCAUAUGCGUGACAGUAGCAGUUCUAAACGUGCAUUUUCGUUCGCCCCAAACGCAUGUGAUGAAGCCAUGGGUGAGACGCGUCUUCAUUCACGUUUUGCCAAGGCUGUUGGUAAUGCGCCGGCCGCAGUACCAGAUUGACAAACGCAGCCUGACAGCGGAUCAUGGCUCGACAUCGGGAUCGGGACACCCAUCCCAACGGGUCAUGGUGCGCACCUGCAACGGCCUUGAGCUACGGGACUCCUCUCUCUACGCCGAGGCCUCGGCUUCUGAUCUCCUCGAGUCCUCGGUACUCUUCCCCAGUCUCAACUCAAGGGACGAGCUGAAUCCCAGGUUCAUAGAGCUCGAGGCCGUGAACCUGGGGAGCCAGUGCCGGAUCCACGGCUCACCGGCGGCAACCGGGCCCAGAGCCUUACCCACCGAGGAGAGCGUCGAGGCCCUCUGCCACAGCCUCAACCAUUGGCACCACUGUCCCGAGCUCUACAAGGCCAUCGAGGGCAUACGCUACAUCGCCGACCAUACCAAGCGCGAGGAGGACUCCACUAGGGUUAAGGAGGACUGGAAGUUCGUGGCGAUGGUGCUGGAUAGGCUCUUCCUCUGGAUCUUCACGCUGGCGGUGGUGGUGGGUACGGCGGGCAUAAUCCUCCAGGCGCCGACGCUCUACGACGACCGGCUCCCGAUCGACGUCCGACUCUCGGAGAUCGCCUCGACCACCGCUAAACCCCACAUCGUCACGACCCUCUGA